AUGCACUCGGCUUCCAGUAUGCUGGGAGCAGUGAAGAUGGAAGGGCACGAGCCGUCCGACUGGAGCAGCUACUAUGCCGAGCCGGAGGGCUACUCCUCGGUGAGCAACAUGAACGCCGGCCUGGGGAUGAACGGCAUGAACACCUACAUGAGCAUGUCGGCGGCCGCCAUGGGCAGCGGCUCCGGCAACAUGAGCGCCGGCUCGAUGAACAUGUCGUCGUACGUGGGAGCCGGCAUGAGCCCGUCCCUGGCCGGCAUGUCCCCCGGGGCGGGCGCCAUGGCCGGCAUGGGCGGCUCGGCCGGGGCGGCCGGCGUGGCGGGCAUGGGGUCGCACCUGAGCCCCAGCCUGAGCCCGCUCGGGGGGCAGGCGGCGGGCGCCAUGGGCGGCCUGGCCCCCUACGCCAACAUGAACUCCAUGAGCCCCAUGUACGGGCAGGCGGGCCUGAGCCGCGCGCGCGACCCCAAGACGUACCGGCGCAGCUACACGCACGCCAAGCCGCCCUACUCGUACAUCUCCCUCAUCACCAUGGCCAUCCAGCAGAGCCCCAACAAGAUGCUGACGCUGAGCGAGAUCUACCAGUGGAUCAUGGACCUCUUCCCCUUCUACCGGCAGAACCAGCAGCGCUGGCAGAACUCCAUCCGCCACUCGCUCUCCUUCAACGACUGCUUCCUCAAGGUGCCCCGCUCGCCCGACAAGCCCGGCAAGGGCUCCUUCUGGACCCUGCACCCCGACUCGGGCAACAUGUUCGAGAACGGCUGCUACCUGCGCCGCCAGAAGCGCUUCAAGUGCGAGAAGCAGCUGGCCCUGAAGGAGGCCGGGGGCGCCGCGGGCGGGGCAAAGAAGGUGGCCGCUGGGGCGCCCGCCUCGCAGGGGCAGCUCGGGGAGGCCUCCGGGCCGGCCUCCGAGACUCCGGCGGGCACCGACUCACCCCACUCGAGCUCCUCUCCGUGCCAGGAGCACAAGCGAGGGGGCCUGGCAGAGCUGAAGGGGACGCCGGCCGCGGCGCUGAGCCCCCCGGAGCAGGAGCCUUCGCCUGGGCAGCAGCAGCAGCAGGCCGCGGCGCACCUGCUGGGCCCUCCCCACCACCCGGGCCUGCCGCCCGAGGCCCACCUGAAGCCCGAGCACCACUACGCCUUCAACCACCCCUUCUCCAUCAACAACCUCAUGUCCUCUGAGCAGCAGCACCACCACAGCCACCACCACCACCAGCCCCACAAAAUGGACCUCAAGGCCUAUGAACAGGUGAUGCACUACCCGGGCUAUGGGUCCCCCAUGCCGGGAAGCCUGGCCAUGGGCCCAAUCACGAACAAAGCGGGCCUGGAAGCCUCGCCCCUGGCCGCGGACACCUCCUACUACCAGGGGGUGUACUCCCGGCCCAUUAUGAACUCCUCUUAA